AUGCCAAAACAGGUGUGUUUUUUUUCGCGUAAUUUGGGUUACUUGGCCCGUGGGGAUGUUCAGUCUGGUGGGUCUUGUGAUAGUUUGGAAGUUGAGCUUACCGACUGGGACCGUCUCGUUUUGAACUGCUCGCUAUUAUUUAGUUGGAACCUUUUCGUUUCGAGCUGCUCGCUAUUGUUUAGCAGGACUCGUGAUGGUUUGGACCGAAUUCCUGACCAUGGUCAGUUCCAUCGGAUCAAACCCUAUUACGGUGACAGAGGUGGAUGUUGA